CGUGUGUCAAACAAAUACAGUGACAUAACGCUUAAUCUGUGCUUCCUAAAAGAACGUCUCGGUCAUUUUUAUCGAAGAUCACCACAUUUCGUCUCCACGCUUCGUCAGUUAUUGAAAGGUUAGAUCUGCCCCCAAAAAAUGAGUCUUAUCAUUUUUAUGGUUACUCUGAUCGCUUAUACUGAGGGCCAAUCUCUGUACAAUGACAUUGAGAACGACAUAUCGUUUUAUACCACACAAGCCUGUUAUAAAGAAUGCUAUGAUAGAGAUGUGCAAUUGCAAACACAAGUAACGAAUCUAGAAAAUCAACUGAAUUCGCUUAGAGAAAAGGAGGAGAUUUUGCAAUUUCAGCUUAAAUGUGAAAACAAAACAGGAAAAUAUCAAGCAGGAAAUGUUACAGAUACUCAGUAUUGCUUCAUUCGUUCAUCAUUAACAUGGGAUGAUGGGAAGACGAAAUGCCAAUUAUUUAACUCGUAUCUUCUUGAGAUCAACUCUGAGGCAGAACAAAACUGGUUAAUGGAAGAAAUUUCAGAAGACAGGUGGUGGAUUGGAGCCAGAGAGGACACAGACAAUGAAGUUUGGGUGUGGGAUCACUCAGGGGAUGAGCUGGUCUUCCAAAACUGGGAUACAGUUGGGUCUCAACCAAGCGGUGGCACUGCUGAGGAUUGUGCUUUGUCAGAUGAGGGCCUUUGGCAUGAUUAUCCGUGCGAUUCAAGAUAUAAUAUAAUUUGUGAGAGGGGCAAAUAAUAUAAGAGAUACACUGAUUAUUAUGCCAAUGCUUAUAAAAUGAUCAACACAAGUUUUUACUCAUUAAACAAUGUUGAAAACGCAAUUCGCUAGCGGAAUAAUACAUGCAAUGCUAAGGUGUACCGAAGAGCUUUUUUUUGGGGGGGGGGGGGGGCAGUGUUUUGUGAAUCAUUGAAAAACAAUUAUAUGAUUAAACGUACUUCUAUUUCAUAAAAAUGAAAGCAAAAGUUCUUUUUGUGACAUUGUAUAUAAUAAUUAAUCAAUCAGUUUGUCACUCCUGCACGUAGCAUACACCGUGACCUUUGCUAAUUGGAUCAGCGUUGGAAUUUACAUUAUAACUGCUUUCAAUUCAUCCGUUAAUAGGGGAAAUCAUAAAUCAUGGAGCAUGCACUAUCUAUAUUUUGUUGAUUAUAAAAAAAAGUACUAACUAUAGUUGAUGACGCAUUUAUUAGAAAAUUGGAGUAUGAUGUCAGUUUUGAUUGUACGAAAGAAAAAAAAAUUAUAUGGCUUAAAUAAAAUAUAUUCUAU